UGCAUAAUAAAGUGUGAUAUUCCCGAGCUAAUGCCUGAGGUUAUCCUCUUAUAGCAAAGAAGGUAACGCUAGCGCUCGGUUCAGAGCUACUGAAAAUGUUGACAGCUUUAACUCUUGACCGACGCAGUAAUGCUUCAGUUUUCUUUUCAAAAUAAAUGCCCAGUUUACUAAUGCCAGCUACUUUGUUUGAUAGCGAGCAGAAAAAAGCACCGUCUUACACCUAUUUAUGAUGUUUUCCAAACUAAUAUUUUAGGGACCCAUCUGUAAAUGUCACAUGAGUCUAUAGCAUUGUUGAAACCGGGAUAUUACGUUAAAAGAAGAUUAUAUGUGGUGCCCGUUUGAGUUUUGUAAGUCGUAUGUAUUGAAGAAAGUACUGUAACGUUAUAAAUUACGUAUAUUGAUGUGAACAUUUUACAUCCAUGUGAUUUCCACAUCAUUGUUGUUUUUACCACAUGCCCCCCGGGCUCUGUGAGACACUGGUUUACUCAGUUAAUAUUUAUCACGUGAAGCUGUGGUUUGCUAAGGUUAGUGCUUUUUAUGUCAUUAAGUGGGUGUUAUGGUAGCAACCAAACACGCCAUUUACUUACUUUGUUUUAACUCUAAACCAUAGCUGGAAACGUGCCUGCUUUAAUUUUGAAAGGAAAACCUACUACCGGAAGUCAUAAUGCAACAAACAGAGAUAACUUCCCUCUGUUAUUUUCAGCCAUGUUUCUAUAGCGAGAAUACUAAUGGUAACAUUUUUUGUUUUUUUAGUACAGUAUGCGCUAUAAUUACUGUAACGUCCCGUAGGAAGGAGAGUCUACAGGUGGAGAUACAUUCAAACCUGCACUGAAAAGUAUUUAUCUAGGUUUUACGUCUUUGUUAUUAGCCAACUCACGUUUGUUAGCUAGUUAACGUUGACGUGAAACACUUCACCGUUAUUCAUGCGUUUGCCUCGACAUGUAGCAGUGUAGCCAGUUGUUUAAUUGUUGGUCUCCAGCAGGGUGUGAAGGAUGUCUAAUGACCUCGCGGGUGUGUGGGAGGUGGCGCUGAGUGAUGGAGUCCACAGGAUAGAGUUCGAACAUGGCACGACCACCGGAAAGAGGGUCAUCUACGUCGAUGGAAAGGAGCUACUGAGACGGGACUGGAUGUUCAAACUUGUGGGCAAGGAGACGUUCAACGUGGGCAAAUCGGAGACCAAAGCGACCAUCAACAUCGACGCAGUCAGCGGGUUUGCCUACGAGUACACCUUGGAGAUCGACGGGAAGAGCUUGAAGAAGUACAUGGAGAACAGGUCGAAGGUCACCAGCACCUGGGUCCUCAACUUGGACGGCACCGACUGCAGGGUGGUCCUGGAGAAAGACACGAUGGACGUUUGGUGUAACGGGCAAAACAUCGAGACCGCAGGGGAGUUCGUGGACGACGGCACCGAAACACACUUCACGCUGGCAGACCACAAUUGCUGCGUGAAGGCCGUGAGCAGCGGGAAGCGGCGAGACGGCAUCAUUCACACGCUGCUCGUGGACGGCACGGAGAUAGCCGAGUGCACGGAGUGACCGCGCGUGCACGUGUUGUACGAGAGAAGGGUUCUGGGUGCAGUGACUUGGUGGAUGUGUAGAGUAGCGGGGGGGCAUUUAAAAGCUGUUGGGACUUUCAGGGACCAACUGCGCAGAAAUGUGAGCUUGUUAUGUUUGCAUGUAGGAAGAGUAGAGGAGGGCAGGACCUGGGUGCAGUCAUACAUUUCAGCCACAAAAAAGGGAUUUACUGUUUCAAAAAAAAUGUAUCUUCACACUGAAAAACUUUUUUUUUGGGAGGUGCAAACUGUGAUUUUUAUAU